CCCACCCUCGCCUCUGGAACCUCAGGAAAGAGAGGAAAGAGCCAGUUUUCAGAGGGAUUGCCUCAGAUCACACGAUCUCCACUUGCCCAGCCCUGUGGAGGAUUAGCGACCAUGUUUUCCAAUGGGAUAGGAACUGUAGCUGCUGGAAAAAGGAAGGCAUGUCUCCUCUCCUUGCUGCUCAUGGGCCUCUGGGGCUGUGUGUCCUGUCACUGGAGCCCCAUAGAGGACAUCUGCACAGCCAAGCCUCGGGACAUCCCUGUGAAUCCCAUGUGCAUUUACCGGUCCUCAGAGAAGAAGGCAGUAGAGGACGAGGGCUCAGACCAGAAGGUCCCUGAGGCCACCAACCGGCGGGUCUGGGAACUGUCCAAGGCCAAUUCCCACUUUGCCACGGCCUUCUAUCAGCACCUGGCAGAUUCCAAGAAUGACAACGACAACAUUUUCUUGUCGCCCCUGAGUAUCUCCACAGCUUUUGCAAUGACCAAGCUGGGUGCCUGUGACAACACCCUCAAGCAGCUGAUGGAGGUUUUUAAGUUUGACACCAUCUCCGAGAAAACAUCUGAUCAGAUCCACUUUUUCUUUGCCAAACUGAACUGCCGACUUUAUCGAAAAGCCAACAAAUCCUCCGAGUUGGUAUCAGCCAACCGCCUUUUUGGGGACAAAUCCCUCACCUUCAAUGAGACCUACCAGGACCUUAGUGAGGUGGUAUAUGGAGCCAAGCUCCAGCCCCUGGACUUCAAGGAAAAUGCAGAGGCAUCCAGGGUGACCAUCAACCAGUGGAUAUCCAAUAAGACCGAAGGGCGCAUCACUGACGUCAUUCCCCAGGAUGCCAUUAACGAGCUCACUGUCCUGGUGCUGGUCAAUACCAUUUACUUCAAGGGCCUGUGGAAGUCAAGGUUCAGCCCCGAGAACACAAGGAAGGAAGAUUUCUACAAAGCUGCUGGGGUGUCGUGUUUAGCACCCAUGAUGUACCAGGAAGGCAAGUUCCGCUACCGGCGUGUGGCAGAAGGCACCCAGGUGCUCGAGUUGCCCUUCAAGGGCGACGACAUCACCAUGGUGCUCAUCCUGCCCAAGCCUGAGAAGAGCCUGGCCAAGGUGGAGCAGGAGCUGACGCCGGAGGUGCUGCAGGAGUGGCUGGACGGACUGGCGGAGACGCUGCUGGUAGUCCACAUGCCCCGCUUCCGCAUUGAGGACAGCUUCAGCGUGAAGGAGCAGCUGCAAGACAUGGGCCUGGCCGACCUGUUCAACCCGGAGAAGGCCAAGCUCCCGGGUAUCGUGGCAGGAGGCCGGGACGACCUCUAUGUCUCAGAUGCAUUCCAUAAGGCAUUUCUCGAGGUAAAUGAGGAAGGCAGUGAAGCAGCAGCUAGCACCGCCAUCGUGAUUGCCGGCCGUUCGCUGAACCCCAACAGGGUCACCUUCAAGGCCAACAGGCCCUUCCUGGUUCUUAUAAGGGAAGUCGCUCUGAACACUAUUAUCUUCAUGGGCAGAGUAGCCAACCCUUGUGUUAACUAAAGUGUUCUUAUUCUUUGCACCUCUUCCUAUUUUGGUUUGUCAAUAGAGGUAAAAAUAAAUACAAUUACUCCCAUCUCACAAUGAUGAAUGGACAUUGCCACCUGGAAUGAAGACGAGGAAGGGAGAAACUGAUAGAGGUGCUAUUGGGCAUUUGGUAAAAGGAUGCUUUCAAUUGCUCUCUACCAGUGAACACAUCUGGGUCAAGCGCGUGAAGGAGGGAGAUGUGUCACCGCAUCAUCGUGAAGGAGGGCAGGCACCCUGAAAGGGCAGGGGGAGCUUGAAACCUCGGUCGUCCCGUCACAGUACAAAAAAGCCAAAACUUUAAAACAAAUUAAGCUCUAUGUACAGAAAAGACAAGAAUCAAAUCUGAGUAUUAAACCAUUUAAUUCUCA